AUGUGCCGUACUACAUGUAGUAUUAUCAAGACCAUAUCUGAGGAGUCCUCGGAUGCCGAGAACCCUGGAUCUUCCGUCGCUCAAUCCACCCAAGGUUGCAGCCAGACCCUGAAACGCGGCAAUCUGCGAUUCAUUUCCCAGGCCACUAAGUUCCGAACCGAUCACCUAGGCCAGUUCGAUCCUGAAUGCUUCACGACAAGUUGA